CUACUACUAUCUACUGCCAUAGUAUUUAAAAUGAGCUCCACCUUUAUGAGUCAUUCUACAUGUGUAGUACUUUUAUGUUUGGUGCUUUAAGCAUAUUUUAUGCUCAUAAUUUGUACUUUUACCUUUUUUAAUGCAGGACUUAAACUUGUAACAGAGUAUUUUUACACUGUAGUAUUAGUACUUUGACUUCAGUAAAAGAUCUGAGUGCUUCUUCCACUGCUGGACUGAAUCAUUUCUAACCCUUACUUUUGACAAUCUGUGCCGGAACUUCUGUUAAAAUAAAUGAUUCUUAAAAUUUAAGGUAAAGACAUUCAGUUCUGGACACCAGUUAAAACUAAUAUCUCCCCUCUAACGCCAUUUUUAUCUCCAGGAUACGUAGUAAAUCAAAUUAAAUGUAGUUUGCUAAACAGAAACCAACUUGUAGACAAGAAAACAAUUCAAGCAGCUUGUUCAUUUUGAUCUCAGAAUCGGCAGCUGUACAAAGACAUGUAUAGUUUGGACCUGGCAUCAUUUUACUGUCAGUUACUGUAGAACAAAGAUGACCAGAGACCAUCUUGCAAUGGGAUCACUCCAGCUGUGAUACAGUGAUCCGCGACCUAGAAAAAAUGUGAGCAGAAGCAUAAAGUGGAAGGCCAAUGGCCCCUUCCCUACUUCCUACCCCCCUCGGACCACACCCAUCUUUGAUCUUGACCUUUAUUGAGAUCUCAGGUACACAUCUGUAAAAUAUAUGACUGCAUCUUGCACAGUUGCCAUGCUCUGCGUGUCCACUGACAGAUAGACAAAUAAACCCCUGGGAAAAUACUUAAAACAACUUCUGAUAUAGUUCCGGCUACAGUAGGUGUCACCUGGACCAUAAUUUGCUAAAAUGACACGCACACACUGCAAACACACACAACAAUACCAGCCACUGCAAUGUUGUUGCAGCUGAUGAGGAGUUGUUGCUCUUACAGAAUAAAUGUUGAGACAGACAGUCAGUUUGUCUGUGGAACUCUAACCUGUGAGUCAACAACCAGUUCCCUAAAUAAACAUGCAAAAGUUGCACAAAGGAUAUAUUUAAAUUAGCUCUCUAAAGGUGUAUGAGCAGCAGUGAAAGAAGCACUCAGGUCCUUUAAGAACACAAGUUUAAUCAGAAAAAUGGACUUAAAGUUUCCAGAGUGAAAGUGGUCGUUCUCCGGAAAAUGUUAUGAAAUUGACGAAUGAUUUGUGAGCAGCAUUUAAGAUUUACAGCCGUUCGAGGUGGAGUUAGUUUGAAAUACUUUAUGCAGAGUUCGGUAGUUUUGUAGUGUGGUUUCCAACCUGAGGGUCGGGCACCUCCAAAGGGUCACAAGAUGGAUCUGAAGGGUCAACACAUUCUCACUCCGACCUCGUCACAUAUCGACGUUUGGUCAUGGACCUUCCACGUCUGGAUACGAUGUGCAAGGUACCCUGGGUGUGUUGGUUGUUGCAUUGUCUUCGUUCAAAAUACACUUGGCUUUUUCACAGGAAAUGUACCGUUUAUGUACAGUCUCUUCAAAAUAAACGCACUACAUCGGUACAACACCGCAAAUUGAUUUAUUUUUUUUUUCCUAACACAACAGACACACGUGGUUAGGUUUCGGCAACAAAAGCACAUGAUUGGGUUUAGGAAAAAGAACAGGGUUUGGCUUUAGAAUCUUUUGGGACACAAACACCAUCCUCCUGGUUGAUAGUUGGUGUGUGUUUGACCCAUCCACCACCCUUCCCACCCGUUCUCUUUGGACUUUCACCGGCUUAACUUCUGUUCUUGUCCCACAUUUCCCCUGACACCGCCGAGCACUGUUAAACUACAAUGGCGACCAGCCGCAUAUCACGCUGACAUUAAAGGACAGCUUUUUUAAUAGUGUCUUAUGCUGCAAGUCACUGCCCAAGCGCUGGAUUUCGACGACUUCAGAGUGAGACCGGGCUGGAGGGGUCAAUAAUUAAUUGAGGAUUUACUUCCUUGGGCCUCAAACAGUCACUUAAAAGAAACUAUCUGAGAAGUCUGUUGAGAAACUACGCUAUAGACAUUUUAAAUGUGUCAAAAGACCCCAACUAGUCCCUUGUUUAUUGUUUGGUUUGUUAUGUUCUUGUUUUGUAAGUUUUCAUAAACUACAAUCAUUGGAAGCCACUGGUUUGUUGCACUUUAUGAGCUCAUAAUUUUUUGAAAUCUUCUUUAAAGUGACUAGUAGCCCAGGUGGUACAAAUACCUUUCCCUCUGUGGAGGUAUAAUGAAACAUAAAAUGGAUAUACUCAAAUAAAAUACAAGAACCUCAUAACUUCACAUGAAUGAGUUCUUGAGUAAAUCUACUUGGUUAUUUUUUGUCACUGUUUCUGAGCAGAUAGAGAAGCUCCACUGAUUCAUGUGUCACUUUACAAUCAUUUGGGGAAAUUGCUGGAAUGUCAGUGUGCUGCAGAUGUUUCUGAUUUAAAUAGGGCUACUGGGCGUCACUGCCCUCACUAACCUUAAUCAGAAACUUAAGGAACGUAAGGAAGUCACUGUAGGUCAGUGGUGGUGUAGGAUGGCACGCCGUAGUUAUGGUCACUUAUUUAAGAAACAUCUCACCAAACACCAGCUAAAGACUAAUAUAUGAGAGCAAAAACUAGGAUAUGACUAUGUGAAUUUGUUGCCACACAGUUUGCCCAACAGUGAUGGAACCAGUUGGUGGUUUCUCCACGCUUGCUAGUUUCCACACCGUUCUGCUGAGAGAAACAGGAGGAGAAGGAGGAACCACCAUGAUUGACCUGAGCUACCUGACGGAGGAGGAGCAGGGGGUGAUAAUGGCCGUGCUGAGGAGGGACGCCGAACUGAAGAAGGCUGAGGAGGAGAGAAUCAGGAAACUUGAGAAACUUCUGGAUGGCACCCCGCAGUCAGAUCCAGGGCUCAAGUACCUGACUGGAGAGUGGUUUUACGAGGCCAAGUCUCGCAGACACAUGGACAAGAUCCACGGCUCGGAGAUCAUCUGGGCCUCCAUGAAGCAGAGGAGACCUGGUUUAGAUGCUUCUCCCAGAAGUGAAAGAUCCAACACACCCAGCAUUCAAGGCUCAGACAUUGUCCCUCCGCCGAAGCCUGCCAGAUGUUUUGACGAACUACAGCCGCAGAGGAUCAAUGGUGUAGAACAAGAGAAUGUCAGUACAGCAGUCCGCUCUCCAAGGACGCCGAGGCAGAACCCUUUCAACCGCGCAUCCCUUAUCCUUGUUGAGCCACCUGAAAAUGAUGAUGACAUGCCAGCCACGCAGGUCCAGGAGUCGUCUGAGACAGAGCCUAUAUCUCCACUGAGAAACCACACAGCAGAGGCCGGUCAGACUUCAGGGGGCUCCCUCACAUCAGAGGGCUCCUCUGUAGGUUUCAGGCCAGUGCCAAAGAAGAGGACAUUUCUCACAAGAUGUACCCCCAGUCAGCCAGAAAUCAACUACCUGGUGUUAGAAAGUCAGGGAGGGUCAGUAGGGAUUGUUCCCGCCCCAAGACGGAGCCUCCAGCGAGGGUCCAGUGAGAGCUCUAACCAGUCCUUCAUAAAGGGCCAAGAUGAAAUGCCUCAGGAAAGUGUUUCUAUUCAAUCUCAGUCUGCUCAGCCAUCCAAACCUCUAGAUGAAAACUUACAGCAGGCACUCUGUGAUGUAUCUCAGGUUUCGCCUUAUUCCAGUCUGGAGAGAGAAAGACACUCACCCUCUAUAACAAGAGACAGACUAGCCACAUUCACCAAGAGUGAAGCACCGACUGACACAGAGAUCCCAAAGGAGAGCGAUGAACGAGAUGAGUGGACACAAAGAGAAUAUGAGGCGUUGAACGCUGUUGUCCUGCACACCGCCAGCAUUCAGGAUUCAGACAGAGGAAACAGCAGCAGUGUGGAAAAAGUAAUGAUGCAGGAAGAACUGAGUUUGCCCCAAAGCACCGUGGAUCCAGAUCCUCCAGUAUCUUAUGAUCUCCACUACAUUGAUAAGUCUGAACAGCAAACGCAAAAGAAAUCAAAUCAGAAACAUGCAUUUCAAUUAUCCACUCAGUCCACCAGUCCCACUGGUGAUGAGGACUCCAUUGCAAAGGUGCUGGACUGGUUCAACCGCAGCACAGACAACCUUGAUUGGACAGAUGAUGAUCCAAAGGCCACAAAGAGCUCUGAUAAACAUGUAGAAAACAGCAAAUUAAGAGGUGCGGAUUCAUUAGAGUUAAGAGCAACAGACAGAAUAAGCAACAGGGAAGUGAUCGAAUUACAAGAAGAGGUGAAGAAGGAUACGAGAGACAGAAUGCAGUCACAGGAAGUUAAUGAUAACAACGAUGAAAGCCAGCCACCCCAAAUCUCUCAUUUGAUGUCAUUUUGGGAGAAAAGCAAUGCAGGACCUAAAAUACGUACAAGCAAAACAAUUACACCCACCAAAAAAGGACAAAAACCUUUACAUCUCUCAGCGGAGAAAGAGGAGGAAAAAGUUAACAAACCCCACAGAGCACCAGAUAUACCCUCUGAUCCAGGCAUAUACAAUGGGAAGGGGAUUUAUUAUAGGUCCACCUCAAAUCAUGAGGAUGAAGGAGAACAGGAAGAUACUGGAAAUAGUGCUCACUUAGAUAAUUACUUGGAGGCAGACACUCUGGUGAUGAAUACCUCAACUCACAGGAACAAUUAUGACCCAACAAACAACUCAGAUUAUUUAAAGUCAGCAGCCAGUCCCCAAGUAAGUGACGGAAGAGGUUCAGACACUGAGAUUUUAUGUGUAACCACACUUGGUCCACAGCCUAAGGCACCCAUCCACCAUCCACAACCUGACAGUAUUUCUCAAUCUAGAGAAACCCCACCGCAAGACGAACUGUCCGAGAGCAUUUCGGUAUCUCAGCUGAAUACAGAUCCAGACUCUGAGAAGCUCUGUUUGUCCAGAAGCAGCCCAUAUAUGGACUACGAGCAAGGUGAUAUACAAGUCACACCCAAAACACGAAUGCAGAGAAGUUCAAGGGAGGAUGUAAAGUUGAGGAACAGUGAGGAUAUCAGCUUGCAAUCAAACAUCUCUCCCAAACAAAAGGAGGAUACGUCUAGCAGUACUCACUCAAACAGACAAAGUUUACAGAAUCAAGAAAGCAGUGCAGAGAAGAUAAAGCAGCUCAGAUCCUUCUGGGAGCAGGAGGGGAACAAACCUAUUUUUUACACCAGCAAACCUAAAGCUCUUGGGAAUAGUAAAGUUGCUCAUGGUGCAAAUCUAGCAAAACUGAAUAAGAGACAUACAAAGUCGGAGUUCGACCUGACGUUAAUUGGAAAUGAUUUUGGCAGCGAUGAGGAAGACUCUGCUCCAAAUCCUUACAAUUUUACUGUUCUUCCAUUGAAUCAGAGAAUAGAAAAACCGUCCCCUCUCCUGGGCAAGAACCGAACACAGUUUAACAGUUUGCGUGAGUUCUGGGGUGAGGCGGCAUCAGAUACCAAGAAAACAUUGCCAAUUGACAAACCCAAAAGCCCCAAGAGAAAAGAGCAAAUAAGAUUCCAGCUGUCAUCUCAGGAGUUAAAGUACGAUGACCCAGAGGUUUACUGUGUAUCAGAGACAACAAGACCACCUGCCCUGAAAUCGUCUCCACCUCUUCCAAACCGAUCAAAGGUGCCUCAUGAUAGACAGGUGAGGUCAAGAGCAAAAGACGGUGGCAAAAACAGUCUGUCUAAUUAUAUAACUGAUGAAUCCAAAAGGAGCUCAAAAGACUCAGAUCGAGAGGAUAAAUCCACGAAACCACCAAGCAUUUCUGAAAGAGAGACUCGUUCUCUAAAGUACAGAAGAGAUAGCUUUAGUAAUUCGAGCAGUCGUAAGAAUUCCAUGCGUCGUGCCGCUAGCAUGUUCGCUUUGAGUGUUCCUGAUGAACAAGAACUUCAGAUGGAUGUAAGCCCCAUCCACUCCCUGAGCAGAAAGCACAGGCAGAACGCUGAAAAAGGUGCCUCACCGAGAAGAUUGCCAGAGGAAACCGAGACUCCACGUGCACGGGCAUGUGUUCCCAAAGAUUACCGGCAUUACCUGGGCAUGACUGAUGACACCAGCGUCCACACCUCUCUUGCUCCGGCUGUGAAGGCCGAGCAGUCGGAAGGAAUGCCUGGGUAUGAGUUUGACGUGAGUGGGCCAGUGAGGGCCAGCACUCCAGUAAGCUCCGAGGAGCAUUACAGCAGGAGGGGCGGCAAGACUAGUCAGCGCCCCCUUUGGGCAAACUACAGCAGUUCAGACGCAGGUCAGGAGUCAUCUGUGAGCAGCACGUCCGAAACCUGGUCCAGCUCAAGGAACAGUUCAACCCGUGAAAAUGAGAUUGUAAGGAAAGCAUUGAGGCGAGCAGAAGCACGGCCUAAAAGUGUGGCAAAAAGUGUGGAGGACAUCACGGCAGACUUACCACGAGAAGAAGAAGGGCAAAACCCAGCUGAUGACUUGAGACGCAUUAGUAAUGUUUCAUCCAUUCCGUCGCAUUCCUCAUACUUAUAUUCGGAUCCAGAGCACCUGAAGAAGAUGAGCAAAUCAGUUCCCUCAUUCUUACAGGACGAGCUAAGUGGAAGUGUGAUGACCAUGUACAGCGGGGACUUUGGGAACGUGGAGGUUCAGGGAUACAUCCAGUUCUCCAUCAACUACAUCCUGAAGCUCAGAGAGUUUCACAUCUUUGUGGCUGAGUGCCAAGACUUGGCUGCAGUUGACCCAAAGAGAGGCCGCUCAGAUCCCUACGUCAAAAGCUACCUGUCUCCUGACAAAGCUAAUCUGGGAAAGAGGAAAACAUCUGUAAAGAAGAAGACACUGAAUCCAAAGUUCAACGAAAUCCUCAGAUAUCGUGUUCGCAUGGAGUACCUCCGAACCCAGACGCUUAUUCUCUCUGUUUGGCAUCAUGACACGUUUGGCAGGAACAGCUUCCUGGGCGAAGUAGAUUUGGACCUCUCCAAGUGGGACUUUGAUCACACCCAGAUGAACUACUUAGCCCUGAAAGCAAGGACUGCACCCACUCUGUCGCCAUCGCUUGGUCGAGGAGAGAUCAGACUAGCCCUGCGUUUCCUGCCACAUAUCAUCCGCAGUGAAGGAUUGGCUAAGGGAGCUCCAAACACAGGAGAGGUUCACAUUUGGGUGAAAGAAUGCAAGAACCUGCCUCUAAUCAGGCCAACCAUCGACCCAUAUGUUAAGUGCUUCGUGCUGCCGGACACGAGCAGGAAGAGUCGCCAGAAGACGCGUGUGAUGCGGAGGACAGUGGACCCAGCGUUUAACCACACAAUGGUGUAUGAUGGCAUCAGACAGGCUGAUUUAUUAGAAGCAUGUGUGGAGCUCACUGUCUGGGACCGAGACAGGCUAGCCAGCAACCUGCUGGGGGGCCUGAGGAUUGGAGCUGGAACAGGCAAAAGUUAUGGAGCAUCGGUGGACUGGAUGGACUCAACUCCCCAUGAGGUGGCGCUGUGGGAGCGCAUGAUGGCCACCCCAAAUCAGUGGGUGGAGGAUAUACUCCCAUUAAGAGUGCUGAACUCUUCAAAAACUAGUUUCAAAUAAGGCACAGUAUAUCAAACUGCAAAGACACUAUAUUAUCUGAGAGGUAUAAACACAGUAAAUGAACCAUUUUAAAGCUUUAAACUUAUUCAAGAAAGGCUUUCUAAGAAUUUCAAAAAUCUGAUGAAAAGUAAAGUCAGGACACUGAAGUGAGAAAAAGGAAUCAACCAUGUGGCUGUAAUUUAAACCUCCACAGGUUUAACACUGAUUUUCCAUCACAUGGUGGAGCUAUCCAGACACUGGCACAGUUUUGAGCUUUUGUUCAAGAAAUAAAGGAGAAGAAAUUUAAGACACCUGCUGGUGUUGGCUUUUGCCUUUUAUGGAUGUUCAGAGAAGAAUGUUACUGGACAAAAAGUUGUACCAGGAUCUGGAUUUAUGUCUUUUAACACUACACGCAGUAUGACGAAGGUCCACCAUUUUGUUCUUAAAUAAUUUGAGUUGCUCCCAAUGUGCAACAUUUCUGUUUACUCCCUAAAUAUCUCGAGCCAAAUUAUCAAGACAUGAUCUCAGAAAGCUUUUCGUAAGGCUAUUAUGAACCAACAUGGGAUGGCAAACUGUCAAAACAAUAGAAAAAUGUUUAUAACCGGUUGCUUCUCAUCCUUCUCAUACUAACUUUUGUUUGACAGUAUUGCUAUAAAUGAAAUUGAAUUAACCUGCAUAUCUGACCUGAUGAACUGUUGCACUUACUAAAAGUGGGAUUAAAUAAAUUAAAGGUUCAGCGUGUUGGUUUUAGAGGCAUCAAUUGGCAGAAAUGUAUAUAAUGGCUACAAUUAUGUUUUCAUAAGGGUAUAAUCACCUGAAAAUAAGAAUCAUUGUGUUUCUGUUACCUUAGAAUGAGCUGUUUAUAUUUACAUAUGGAGCGGGUCCUCUUCCACGGAGUCGGCCAUGUUGUUUUUUUAACAGUAGUCCAGAAUAACGAACCAAACAGGGUCUCUAGGCAGGGCCAAUAGCAUUUUCACGUCAGCCACCGUAGUUCUCCUACACGCUUGGCAUAUGGGAAAAGUUUCUGUUCUGCAAACUCACUGCUAGAUCCCACUAAAUCCUUCGCCCUGGACCUUUAAACAAUGAUGACUUUCAGGUUUUCUGUGUUUUGUCAGUGGUAGUUUAGAGGUUAACCUGUGGAUUCUCUGAUUCAUAUACUGGUAUUGACUGGUUAUUAAAUUCACUAAAUUUCUCCAAUGUUUAUGACCCAAAACUAGCCUCAGCUUUACUUUGUCUUAAUUUGUGAAUAUUAACAUGCUUAACGUGCUUAACUAAUAUGGUGAACCUGUACCUGCUAAAAAUCAGCCCAUUAGCAUUGUCUGUAUGAGCACGUUGACUUUAGCAUUUAGCACAAAGCACCGCUAUGUCCAAAUGAAUCCUCAAAGACCUGUUAGCUUGACUGUCAACUCUCCGUCUUAUUUCUAUAUUUUUUACGUUACAGCGCUGGUCGAUUUGGAAAAUGUAAUUAAUAAUUUAUUACUUAUAAUACCAGUGCCAAUACUUAUUAUAUAACUAUAAAUUCACUUUCUACGCACAUGUUUAAAAGAACACAAUUUCAAACAAUAUCAUUCAUUCAUUUAUUUAAAAAAUAAUUCACAGAUUCAUUCACAUUUUUUUCGUCACUAAUUCAUUUCUCAUCAAUACAAAGUAGUUACAUUCAGAACUGUUUUAUAACCUUUUAUGGGUUUGAGCACUUCAAGCAAAAUUUCAGUUACUAUAAUGGAAUUGAAAAUCUCAGAGACCGAUAUCUCAAAACCUGUGCAAAUAAAACAAAAGCUGUCUACAUGGAUAGACAGAAUAUGAGAGAACAUGUUUUUCUUUUUGUAAUUUUGGUGAAGCAAUCCUGUGAAUUGUAAGGAUAGAUAACUGCUGACCAUCAUGUUGUUUCUUCAGUAUUACAAUACUAUAAUUCUUACCACUUUCCCCGUGUUUUACUAUGUCUGCAAUGUGUCUCUGUCUCUCUGGGGAUUUAUUGGCUUUCAGACAGAGAAACAAAGAGUUAAGAUGACAUUACAAACAAUUACAGCCACCACAGGGCUGCUGUAGCAGCUCAGGGAUAAUGCACCUGUGUGAGAAAGGAAGACAAGAAGCAUCAAGACUUUUCAUGUUAUGAUGUUGCAUGUUUUCUCUAUUAAAUGUUGCAUAAUUAAAUAAGAACUGCUGACUGUCUGUAAGUAACUUUGUCCCAGCCCACUCAUGCAGGUACACACACAUACACAAAGACAUGUCACAUUCUGUGCAGAUGAUGACCUUUUGUGGAUGUGAGAAUUGAACCAAAACCAUGAUCGGUAAUGACAGAACAUAAUUCUGUUUCGUAUGCUUGCAGCAUGGCUCUAGGUAUGGAUGGCACUGUCACUCUGUUGAUCCACCGAGUGGUUCAGACUGAAAUAUCUCAACAACUCUUGAAAGGAUUGCUGGGAAAUUUUGUACAUACAUUCAUGGCCAACAGAGCUCUGUUAGGAUGAAUUCUAAUGACCCUGACUCUUCUUCUAGUGUACUAAAAAGUUAGAGUAUUCUGUUUUCCAAUGACAUCUCAAAAUCUUCUGAAGUUUUACGGACAGUCACCGCCCCCCUCUGGAUUAAAUGUAA